CAGGAGGAACGGGCGGGAGAGGAGCCCCGACCCCCAGCGCCGCAGCCGCCGCAGCCCGUGCGCCCCGCGCCCCUCGCGCCAUGGCCAAGGAAGGCGUGGAGAAGGCGGAGGAGACAGAGCAAAUGAUCGAGAAGGAGGCGACCAAGGAGCCUGCGGAGGGUGGCGGUGGAGACGGCUCGCACCGCCUCGGGGAUGCUCAGGAGAUGCGCGCCGUGGUCCUGGCCGGCUUUGGGGGGCUCAACAAGCUGCGGCUCACCAGGAAGGCCAUGCCAGAGCCGCAGGACGGCGAGCUCAAGAUCCGCGUCAAAGCCUGUGGUUUGAACUUCAUUGACUUGAUGGUACGACAAGGGAAUAUUGACAACCCUCCAAAGACCCCCCUGGUGCCGGGAUUUGAGUGCUCUGGGAUUGUUGAAGCUCUGGGAGACAGUGUGAAAGGAUACGAGAUUGGAGAACGAGUCAUGGCAUUUGUCAAUUACAAUGCCUGGGCAGAGGUGGUCUGCACACCAGUGGAGUUUGUCUACAAGAUCCCAGAUGACAUGACCUUCCCCGAGGCGGCUGCAUUCCCUGUGAACUUCGUCACAGCCUACAUGAUGCUCUUUGAAGUUGCUAACCUCCGGGAAGGGAUGUCCGUGCUUGUGCACUCAGCUGGUGGCGGAGUGGGUCAAGCUGUGACUCAGCUGUGUUCCACUAUCCCCAAUGUGACUGUCUUUGGAACAGCUUCUACUUUCAAGCAUGAAGCCAUCAAAGACUCUGUGACCCACCUCUUCGACAGAAAUGCAGACUAUGUGCAAGAAGUAAAAAGGAUCUCUGCUGAAGGCGUGGACAUCGUUUUGGACUGCCUCUGUGGAGACAACACUGGCAAAGGUCUCAGUCUUCUCAAACCUGUGGGGACCUACAUUUUAUAUGGUUCAUCCAACAUGGUAACUGGAGAAACCAAGAGCUUCUUCAGCUUUGCAAAAUCAUGGUGGCAGGUGGAGAAGGUGAACCCCAUCAAGUUGUAUGAAGAGAACAAAGUCAUUGCUGGCUUCUCCCUUUUGAACCUGCUCUUCAAGCAGGGCCGAGCGGGCCUCAUUCGAGGCGUGGUGGACAAGCUCAUAGGACUCUACAACCAGAAGAAGAUCAAGCCUGUGGUGGACUCCUUGUGGGCCCUGGAGGAGGUGAAGGAGGCCAUGCAGCGAAUCCAUGACCGAGGGAACAUCGGGAAGUUGAUUCUGGAUGUAGAAAAGACCCCGACUCCACUGAUGGCCAAUGACAGCACAGAGACCAGCGAGGCAGGGGAGGAGGAGGAGGACCAUGAAGGUGACAGCGAGAACAAGGAGCGGAUGCCAUUCAUCCAGUAAGCCAGGCCCCAGGCAGGAGAAUGUGAAGGACGGUUUGGAAGAAGACCGGCUGCGAGAACUCUUCUGUGCCCCAGUGAACAAAUGCUGUAGUCCAGUGUGUGUUGUGUUUGUCUGCAGUCAGCUGAGCUACGAUGCUGUUGAUCACUGUUGUUUUUUGGAAUUAAGUGCCAACCCCACUACAUGCAGUGUUAUGUCCCUUUCCAGUCUGUGUGUCACAGUCUCUUCUCCCCUGUAGCAAUCCCAUCCAUUUUUGGGUUCUUCUCGACAGUUCUAGGACAGCCUUGCACAUGAAUACAAGCCCACAGGCCCAAGGCCUGAGAGACCAGAUAUGGGCAAGGC